AUGGUUGCUUUAACUGGAGAUGCUGUUGCUAUAUCUGGUGCUGCUGCCAAUGGAAUACUUGGAAUAAGCGCCACAACAGGUGCGCUUACUGGCUUAGUAACGGGAAUUCUUAAUGUAGCAGCUACAACGGAAUCAGCAGGAGCAAUAGUAGCUAAGUCGGCAGGAGGAGGAAUGGUUGCAGGUGCAAUUGGUGGCACAGUGACAGCUGGCGCAGCUACAGGAGCGGUAGUUGCUUCGAUGAGUGGUGCAGGUGCUGCUGCAGCAGUUUCGUCAGUCGUCACUGGAACUACUGGCUUGCCAUUGUCCAGUACGACAGCUGCUAUUCUUUCAGGUCCAAUCGGUUGGAUUGUUCUUGGUGCUGCCGCAUAA